AUGGCCAUUCCUCAAUCUCCAGACCCAUCCAUCCGUUAUCUCUCCACCACACAUGCGUACGAUCUUUGGGCCGCCGUCUACGAUAUUGACGGAAACUUCCUCCAAGCGCUUGACACUAUCGAAAUGAAAACUCUCUUGCCACGAAUGCUUGAGCUUCUUGAAAAGUCGCCAUUUCCACCACCCUGGAAGCUGGUCGACCUGGGCUGUGGGACGGGCCGUAAUACGGCGGCUUUACUGGAGGUUAAAGGGGCCACCGUCGUGGGUCUCGAUGUCAGUUCAGGGAUGCUGGAGGUUGCAAGACGACGACUUGGGAAGUUUGGAGUCGAGGGUAUAUUGCAGCUUGAGAUUUUCGAUAUGCUCCAACAGCCAUCUCCACCUGCUUCGGCCGUGGGUGCAGACGCGGUUGUCUCGACAUUGGUGAUUGAACAUAUCCCGGCUGAUAUCUUCUUUCGCCAUGUAACUCAAAUCCUCAAGCCCGGUGGAAUUCUGCUAUUGACCAAUAUGCAUUCAGAGAUGGGUGGCAUCAGUCAAGCAGGAUUUAUUGAUCCCCAAACUGGCGAAAAGAUUCGUCCGACCAGUUAUGCUCACACGGUUGCGGAAGUGGAGGCGGAAGCGGCGAAGAAUGGGCUGGAAGUUGUCGGCAAGAUGGACGAGAGAGCAGUGGACGAAUCUACGGUACCGAUACUCGGCGAACGGUCGCAGAAGUGGGUUGGAAUAACCGUUUGGUUUGGAGGCAUUCUUCGAAAGAAAACCUUGAGUGAAGAGUAA